CUGCGUGUUGUUCGGUCACUGGACUCUCAACCUCGUAGGAACGUUGCCUCGUACUUGUUUCCGUCGUCGGCGUGAAACGAACCGCUGCAGGGUGUAUAUUCCGUUUAUAUUCAUACACGUUCUUAUUCCUGUGCGUAUCCAUCAAUUCGUGACUCGAUCGGUGACGGGUGUCGAUCAUCGAAUGUCAUUCGUUAUCAUAAUUAUGUCGCCUGUCGUUACCGCCAUCGGACAUCAUUUCGAUGUGUUUGAACCACUUUCAAGACGCAUAAUCCUUCGAGCGUAAAGCUUUGAAAUAUUCCGUGUCAUCGAUUCGAGCUACCGUUCUCGGGCUUGUGUUGUGAUGUUCGAUUCACUGACAGACGAUUAUGGAGAUAGCUGAUGCUGGAGGUGGUUUUAAACAGUUUCAAGUGACUGCUUUGAUUCUGUCGAUAUUACUUCUUGGAUGGGCAGACCAUGUGGCAGGUGGUGAUUGCAGUCUGGCAGAGUUAACUUGCAGGGAUGGACAUUGCGUACCGAUAGAUGCAUUUUGUAAUGGACAAAAUGAUUGUGGAGAUAGUAGCGACGAACCAGCAAUGUGUACACCCUGUAAUCGUACUUAUCAUGGGCGAGAAGGGCACACAUACAAGUUGGAUCUUCCAAGGCCUGCAGAGGAACGAUUACCUUUCCUCUGUCAUUUAACGUUCACCGCUGCUGGUCAGGGGUAUGGAGAACUGGUACAACUUUUAUGGGAUGCAUUUAGCGUGGGUAGUGUAGAUCCAAAUACUGACAGUUUUGUCACAAGCUGCCCUGAAGGAUCGUUGCAGUUAGCAGAAUUAGGUAGACACUUUACCGGUGGUUCGUGGUGUGGAGCUGGAGAAGGAAAAGCUUCUUAUUAUAGUGAAACUAGUACUGUCACAGCGUCUAUACGACUGUUUCAUGCCCCUUCCUUUGUACCAUUUGACUUCCGUUUACGAUAUAAGUUUGUGGCACGCAAUGAAGCAGUCGCUAGAUUAGGGAAACCAGAUCUUCCAAUUGAACGGGGCUCUUCAGAGCCAGGUACAUACUGCUCUAGAAACUUUCAUGAAUGUCACUUGAAACAGUGCAGAUUACAGAGCCCAAAUUACCCUGGAGAAUAUCCGAGAAAUGCGAGCUGCCUGAUCACUAUAAGGCAAAAGGAGGUGCCCACGUGCAAGCAUGCCAUGAUUUCCGUAAAAUCUACACCGGCUGGUCCAGCUGGAAUAACUACCACUAAUAGUACUUUAAGCGUAUGGCAAGAUUGCCCUCCGGAAAAAGAUCGUCUCAUCUUCCACGAUGGUGACCGCCCAGAGGAUCCAAUUUUGUUGAUUUACUGUGGAGGGCCUUUACCACAGAUCACUGCCAGAGGUCCAACGAUGCAGGUGGAGUUUCGAAGUUCACCGAUAGCCAUUCCUCUCGGUGCUUCUGCUUUACGACUCGAGUUAGAAAUUCAAGUAGUUUACGUCGAUUCCGACGGGCUCGAUUACGCUAAAGAGCCGCAAGGCUGCCACUUUUUUGUAAAUGGUACUAAUAAAAGGAGUGGUAUAUUACGAGCACCGCUUCACGCACUGCCACCGAAUUCCAGCUGCACCUGGAACAUUAAAGGAUCUUCCGGAGACAGAGUGUGGAUUUAUUUUUCUUCUUAUUCUCAGAGAGAUUUAACCGGUAGCGUUGAAAAUAAUGCUAGCUCACAGUCGGAUGUACCGUGCGCGGUGAAAUUAAUUUUUUGGGACGGUACAACGACUACUGGAUUCCCAAUGGCGACGCUCUGCGACGAUACACCCAAGUUAUGCGCUCACGCAGCUUUAAGAAACGUUACCAGAAGUACAAGACCGUGUAAAGAAGAAGAAAGUUACAUUACGGUAGCACCAUCUUUAACUUUGCGCAUGGAAACGAUGUUGGGCACUGCUCUUCACACUGUUAAUUUCAAUGCACAAUACGAAUUUAUCUCAACCAUUCAAGUUGGCGAACCUUGGGGCGACGGUGUGUGCAGCAGGGUUUGGCGUAAAGUUCGCAGUGGUGAAGUCACGACGCCACGUGAUGUUCGCCUGUUUGGUCGAGGUGGAUCCUCGAAAUUAGAAUGCAAAUAUCGAAUCGAGGCUGGCGCGGACGAAAGAGUAAGACUGACGUUGCACAACGUCAGUUUGGGCGAGUCAACCAUUUGCACGAGCGAACCGGAUCCUCAUACCGGCCGACCACGUUGUGUUCAGGAAGUGGGUUCCAGAGAGGCUCGUUUAGUUUUAUACGAAGCGCCUUGGCGGGACGUGAGACUUCCAAGAGCUUGUUUAUGUGAUAAUACGUCGCAUCUUCCAUUGACGCACAUUUCUUCGAGCAAAGCUCUGGAAAUUACAUUCUUGGUCGAUCAACAAGCUCCGUACGAAGAUUUCGAGACGCUUUUCUUUUAUGCCAGUUUCGAGCUUGUUCGGGCACCCGAGUGUCCCAGGAAACAAAGAGUACGCGGAGAAGGUGGUGAACUACGAUUCGUUGCGCCGCCGUUGUCAAGGCCGGACAUUUAUUGCGAGGGUCUCCCCUGGCUGGUAGAGGCUCGCGGGAACAGGUCACUGUUCGUGUUAACUUGGGGUUGGUUUCUUCCUCUUGAGCCAUUGCCUGUAUCAGAAGUGAACGAACAAGUGAAAUGCCCGACGAGCAACAGAAUCCUUCUUUACUCCGGUUGGCCACCGAAGCUCUUGAAGGUCGUGUGCCCCGCAGAGCCAGGAGCAAGGGAGUUCACUGUUCACGUGUUCUCGGAAGAGUGGUUGGUAGGAGCCGACGAAGGUAAAUGGCCAGGUCCACCGCGACCGCCGGCGCUUUUGUUAGAUUUCGUCGCGAGGGAAUCCGGUCAGGCUGCAGCCUCCUGGCUCGAAAUCUCGAAAAGCAGAGCCGCGCUUCGUAGACAGCUACGCUUACCCGAGAGAGGAAUAGAAAAUGAAACAACGAGUCACGGAGACUGUCCUCAUAAAUGCCCUGAACUGAGUGCUUGUAUUGCCGCGAGUCUUUGGUGCGAUGGAAGAGCGCACUGUCCAUCCGGACACGACGAAGCUAGUUGCGGUAACGGUGCAAAAUUACUCGGACUACUUCCUUCGGAGAUGUGGCUUGUACUGGCAGGCGUUGCUGCGAUUAUCGCUGCCUUCGCGUGUUUUUUCGCCGUGCUCAUUAACAGGUCGAAAACGCGCACAAAAGGACUUCAUUAUAAAGGUACAAAGAAAAGCAAUAGACCGAGACACACGCCAACGGGAGAGACACUUCUUGGAGCGGCAUCCUGACAACAACAACCCGGUUUCGUGGAAUAUAUCCAUGUGGACCGGGAAACAACAGUUUAGCAAUAUUUGUCUAUGCUUCACCGUCCACUAACUUAACACUAUCCCCAGGUACCAUAAUGCAAUUUCACGUAUUUUCUUUUCUAGUCGUUGGUAACUAUAUUCGUUUAGUCAUCCUUAUCUUUUAAACGCUGCUAUGACUGUAUACCUAGCCAGAGUUCAUACUAAUUAGUAGCAAUGCACUAAGGAGGGCCACAAGAUAUAUCCGUGUUUUUGUUCCCUCGAACUAUUUAAAAUUUGCCCAUCUAUAACGGUAGCAAUAUUUUUAUCCAUAUUCUAUUCUCUUAUACAGGAUGUAUCUUAACGUGUGGGACCCACUUAAGUGGUUACAUUGUAAUUACAUAAUUUAGUUUACCGGUAUUUUAUAAACCAAAGAGAACAGUAAGUGCAAAUGAUAUAAUAUACAGGUAUACAUCUAUAAUUUAAAAAAUAUCACACACAUUGCUCAAAGAACAUUGUAACUGCCAAAAAAUAUUUUAAGUUCCAUUAGCAAACUGUGAAGUUUCUA